ACAACUUUCGUCAACAAUACUCUUUUCCUUUCUCCAAGUGAAUACUCUUUUCCUUUCUCCAAUGGCAGAAGGAGUCCUCUUCAACGUUGCAGAAGGGAUCAUUGGAAGGUUAGGCUCCCUUGUUUUCCAAGAGAUUGCCUUGCUUUGGGGUGUCAAAGAUGACCUCCAAAAGCUGAAGGACAAAGUUGCCCAACUCCAAGCUGUUCUUCUUGAUGCUGAGCAAAAACAAGCCAACAAUAAUCAAGUCAAAGUGUGGCUCCAAAGCGUAGAAGAUGCAGUUUAUGAAGCUGAUGACGUGCUCGAUGAGUUUUAUACUGAAGCUCAGUGGAGACAAAUGGUGCCCGGAAAUAAUAAAGUGUCAAAGCAGGUACGCAGCUUCUUCUCUAGCUCAAACCCGCUUGUUUUUGGGCAGAAAAUUGGUCAUAAGAUAAAAGAUCUUGACAAGAGACUUCAUGAGAUUACCUCGAAUAAAACAUUUGGUCAAUUACAAGUGAACCACGAAGAUGCACGAUUUGUAAUAAGAGAGAGGGUCACCCACUCAUUUGUCCGCGAGGAUAAUAUAAUAGGGAGAGAUGAAGAUAAAACUGAUUUUGAUGCAAAACGUCUUCUUCAUGUAUCUUUCGAUUGUAAUGUUGAUUCGUCGGAAUGGAAAAGACGGACAUCCUUGCUGGAAUCAAAUAAGAUACGGACUUUUCUUUUCCUAAGGCAAUACUAUUGGGUGGAGCCCUUUCAUAAGUCAUUUUGUGCUACAAUUGCUUCAAAUUUUAAGUCAUUGCGUAUGUUGAGUUUGAAUAAAUUGGGAAUUACAAAAUUGCCAAAAUGUCUUAGGAAAAUGAAACAUUUAAGAUAUCUUGAUCUUAGUGAAAAUCUCAUUCAGAGACUUCCAAAUUGGAUAGUCGAACUUCAAAAUUUGGAAACACUAGAUCUCAAAUGGUGUGGCUCUCUUGUGGAAUUGCCUAGAGAUAUCAAGAAAAUGAAAAACUUGAGGCAUCUGAUUUUGCAAUAUUGUGAUAACUUGGCUCCGAUUCCUGGUGGAUUGGGUGAAUUGACUUGUCUUCGUACUUUGAGUAAAUUUGUUUUGAGCAAAAAUAGUUCCAUGUCCAAGGACAGUGCAGGGCUCAGUGAGUUGGGGAAGCUGAAAGAUUUAAGAGGAAAGUUGGAGAUCAGAAAUUUGGGGUACAAGAAAGAUAUGGUGUCAGAAUUGAAUUAUGAUGGUGCAGUUUUGAAGGAGAAACGACAUCUCUAUUCGUUGACUUUACAUUGGAUGGGCAUCGAAAGAGAAAAUAGUGAUGCGGUUGAGGAGGAGAGUGAUGUAAUUAUUAAGUCAAUGGAAGCGCUGCAGCCCCAUUCAAGUCUAAAACAGUUAGUCCUUGAGGGAUACCCGGGUGCGAGGUUUGCGAGUUGGUUUCAUUCUCUCACAAAUAUUGUUGAUCUCAGAUUGUAUGGCUGUGAUAGAUGCCAACAUCUUCCACCGUUGGAUCAUUUACCUUUUCUUAAGCGUCUUGAGCUUUGGGGGUUAAGGAAUUUGGAGCACAUAUCAGCAGAAGACAAGGUUAAGGACUUUGCCGGUGGUGAGAUGAUGAUGAUGUCAGCUGCUUCUCCAUCGACGACCUUCUUUCCCUCCUUAGAGAGUCUUUAUCUAGGUAAUUGCCCUAAUCUCAAGGGAUGGUGGAGGAAUGAAACAGCUUCAGCUUCAGCUUCUUCAUUUCCUUGUCUUUCUUCUUUAGAGAUACAUGAUUGUCCUAACUUAACUUCCAUGCCGCUGUACCCAAAUCUUGAUAGACUGGAGUUAAAGAACAGCAGCUGGAAGGUCCUUCUGAUUUGGAGCGUUGAGGAUAUAGAAGAAAGGAUCGCCAACCUCACAUUACUUCAGGAGUUUAAAAUUUAUAAUUGCCCUAAUUUGGUAUCACUACCAGAAGGGAUCGGCAACCUCACAUUACUCCAGCACCUCGAAAUUAGUGAUUGUCCUAAAUUGGCAUCACUGCCAGAAGGGAUCGGCAACCUCAAAUCACUUUCCAAUCUUCGAAUCCGAUGCUUCCCCAAUCUGGCAUCACUCCCAGAAAGGCUUCGAUGCCUCAUCUCCUUACAGGAUCUGAAAAUUUUUGAUUGCCCGAAAUUGGCUUCACUACCAGAAGGGAUGGGCAACCUCAAAUCACUAAAGUUGCUUUGGAUAUCGGAUUGCCCUAAUUUGGCAUCACUCCCAGAAGGGCUUCGUUGCCUCGCCUCAUUAAAAAGUUUGAACAUUUGGAAAUGUCCCAUGUUAGCACAAAGAUGCCAGAAAGGAACAGGUGAGGACUGGUCCAAGAUUGCUCACAUCCCAGACAUUCGCAUUAAUCUAGAAGCUGCUGAAUUUUACGAUUUUUAAGGGUUGGGUCAGCGGAGAUUGGGUCCCCACUAAAAACUCUUAUGGCUUGAUUGUGAUUGUGCAACAGCAGGUCACCAAGAAAGUGUGAUUAAAAGAAGAAACUGAUUAGGCAUCCUGACUUUGAUCAUAUAAGUGACUCAGUUGUACAUGUGAUGAAUUUAGUGUACCGAGAUGGCUGGGUGGAGAGAGUAGUGCUUUGUCAUCUUGGUAUUGAAGAUGUCAGACAGUGACACUAGAUUCUACUCUCUAUCAAUUGGAAAUUGAGUAUUCCUUUAGUUUGGCAUUACCUUCCAGAAGAGACAGACAACCUCACAUAACUUCGAUGGCUUUCAAUUCAGAGUUCAGCAUCACUGCCCGAAUGGAUUCGCGGCAUCACUGUUUUAAGCCAGUUCGAAAUUAGAUACUAUUCCUUUAUACAGAAAAGCAAAAACAAAGAGGGCAGAUUUUUCGGGUCCCGUGUGAGAAAUGAAGUUCCCUUGAACGGUGUGCAUGAGGAGAAUUGAAGUUCACUUGAACUGUAUUCAUGAGCAUAAAUAAAAUACUGAAACGAACAUGACCUAG